AUGUUAAAAAAGAUCGAUACAUUAUCUUCAUCUUCACAAUCAACAUCAUUUGAAUCAAAUUGUAUUAUUCCAAUAUUAAUAAAGAAAAAAUUUAUUUCAGAAAUUUAUUCUAAUAACAAAUUAGAAGACGAACUUAUAUUAAUCGAACCAAAAACAUAUGUUGAUUUAUCCUAUUGGAAUUUAACUGAUUAUGAUAUGUUAAUUAUUAUUAAACAAUUUUUUAGAAAUAAACAAUGUAUAGAACUUCGAUUAUGUGGAAAUAAAAUAACAUCAAAAGGCACAUCAAUUUUAGCUUCAAGUUUAAUAAAUAAUUCAAUAUUAAAAAGUCUUGAUCUUUCUUAUAAUCAUAUAUCAGAUAAAGGUGUUUAUUCUUUAAGUAAAGUUCUUUUACCAAAUCAAUGUUCAUCUCUUAAAAUACUUUUUCUUAAUAAAAAUGGUAUUUCAAAUGAUGGUAUAUAUUAUUUAUGUGAAAUGCUUCGAACAAAUCAAACAUUAACUGAAUUAUGGUUAUCAGAUAAUGAAAUUGGAAAUGAAGGUGUAAUACAAUUAACAAAUAUAUUAAUUAAUUAUAAUAGAAAAUUGAAAGUUUUAACACUUUCAUAUAAUAUAUUUAUAACUGAUUCGAGUAUUGAUUAUCUUCUUCAAAUGUUGGAAUAUAAUAAGACACUAGAAAAAUUUUCAAUAAACAAUUGUAAUUUAUCUGAAACCAGUAAAAUGAAACUUCAAGAAAAAGCGGAUACAAAGAAAAUAUUUGAAAUUGUAGUGUAA